AUGUCCCGUUCUAAGUCCCGCGAACGGCCUCAACCUUGUGCUCUCUUUUCUCUCAUACCCUUGAACAAGCAAACUGUUGAGCAAAUUGCACGGGGCAUCAUUAUUGGUUUCCAAAUCAGCUCGAAGACAAGAUAUACCCUGGCAACUAUCGGACGUACCGGUGACAUCACUGACGGGGAUUCUCCCAUCUCCCGGACCCAGUGUUUUUUCGAGACCCAUAAGGACACAAAGGAGAUGCUCCUCUGCAAUCGAUCAAGCUCCUGGUCGACUCAAGAUUUUGAUCCAAAGGCUCUACAGUUUGAGUCAAAGCGCCCCGACCGCCAAGUUGUAGUGACUGAGGGGAUUAACAACCGAUUCGGAUUCGGUGGUGUAGGUCACAAAUAUUUCCAGUUCGAGAUAUAUCGGCAUAAGCGUCCAUCCAAUUUUUAUAAGAAGAUCGCGGAUCAAGACGACCAUCCUCGUUUCGCCCGGACCGUCGAUGACCUGAUACCGACCGCUUUACCCUCCACACGAAUCCACACUCCUGCUGUUCACGCCCGUAGCUGCCGAGGGUUAGCGAAAACGAUCAGGUACUAUAAGAAAAUAGAGAUUGGAGGAAGCUCACGUUGGGAGGUUUACAAAACUGUUAAUCCAAACAUUGUAGAAUUCAUAUCAGCGCAAGGGUUUGGAGGAACGGAUCUUGAAAUUCUCACACAUUUCAGAGAAGGCGACACGGCGGAUCUAAUUAAGAAGGAGGUGUUUACAAGAGACACACAAUUGGUGAAGUAUCUUCUCUGUCAGAUGCUUCAAGCGCUUGAUUACCUUGCAUCGCAGGGCAUUAUGCAUAGGGGUGUGAAGCCUGAGAACAUUCUCUACCAAGCUCUACCAGACGGCGGCUAUACCUUUCAACUCACGGAAUUUGGCGUUUGCAGUGCCAUUGCAGAUGCCCGAACCCUCGUUAGAUUUCCAACAUUCAUAGCACCCAAAUUCUUUUCGGGUGCCAAGCAAGCAUAUAAAGUAGAUAUUUGGUCCCUUUAUGUAACGUUAGCGUAUGCAUUAAACGUGGACGGGCUCUGGGAGAAGCGGUUUGACACGCCUUGGUUGUCUAUGAUUGCAGUACAGGGGGCUGCAGAUAAUCGUUCUUUCAGCUGCGUCCAAGGCAUGGCGAUCGUUGACCUGGAAGCACGAGCCUCUGCUGCAGACAUGCUCGACAAACUCUUCAACGGGGGUAGGCGUUCAACUCCACGCGGUUUGCUAAAAAGUGCUCCUUUGGCAGACAAUACUGCAGUAUCACCGCAAAAAGAGCGAAAGCUUGCGAUUAACAAGAAAUUUAGUUAG